AUGUUUCGCAAAAAGGGAGCUGGGGAUUGGAAGCUCUCCGUGGAGCACGCGGAAAAAGUACCCUCUUUGCCUAUAAUUGGCCAUGCCUUGCGAAAUGAUUUACAAACAGGGCCAAGUAAUCGACCGAGUAUUUUUGCACAGGAGCAAGCUGUCGAGAGCAGAGAAUGGGAUUCCAAACAGAGAAGCGUGCUGGCAGUCCGUUGGAACGCCGAUGGCAACUACUGUUUAUCGUGCGGCAAAGAUAGCACGAUCAAGCUAUGGAAUCCUUUCAAGUCCAUGUGUGUUGCGCUUUUUUCGGGACACGGGCGAGACGUUACUGAUGUAGAUUGUGCUGGCGACUCGGAGCACUUCGUAUCAAGUUCUUUUGACAAGCAGGUUCUUCUCUGGGAUGUGCCGAAUACGGCGAUCGUGCGACGCUUUCGCGGCCAUGCUGGUCGCGUUAACUGCGUGAAACUCAACGAGGAAGGCACUGUAGCUGUCUCUGGCUCCGUCGAUGGGACAGCGAGAAUCUGGGACCUGCGCAGUCGAUCCUAUGAACCUAUACAAGUUUUGGCAGAACCGAGCGAUACAAUCACGAGCGUCCAGAUUAGCAAAACCGAGAUCGCCGUUGGCUCCGCUGAUGGAUUCGUUUAUCGAUACGACAUUGUUGCGGGAAAAUUACGAAGAGACUAUGUCGCGAGCGAAGUCUGCUCCUUCAUGCUUGCUGAUGGAUGUCUCUUGGUUCAGUCGCAGGAUGGCAAUUUGAGGCUGCUUGAUGCUAACGGAGGAUCCCUCCUUGGCACAUUCGCUGGGCAUACCGUAACGGAAUAUAGAGCUGACUGUCAAAUGACGCUGAGCAAAGUGUACGCGACUUGCGAGUCUGGGAAUGUGAUUUGCUGGGAUCUGGUUUCGCAGAAAACUGUCGGCCGAAUUCCAGUCAGAGAGGGGAUGCCCUUGAGUGGCUUCGAUAUCUACAAAAACGGUCUCGUCGCUGCCGCGGGACAGAAGAUAUUUUUGCGCCCAAUUCUAGCUUGA